AUGGCUGCCAAUGCAGUUUUUCGCUAGUGCACGUUGCACAUUUUGUGCAUACCAAGGCCAAACUGAAUUGAAAGAGCCUCUCCCGAGUUAGUCUUCACCCGAGCGGCCCUUCGGACGCACCCGGCGCGCGUCUCCCCCCGAAGUUUUAUAUUUUUAUUUUAUAACCUAAAAAAAUAUUCCGUCUCCGCAUCAUGUUUAGUGAGUUGGAAAAGUGCAGUUUUGACAAGUGUGUGUAGUUUUUGAAGAUGUUUGGACCCGUUCUACACCUCCGAGAACAAGCUUGGAACGUGUCGCUGAAGAGUUGAUGGGCAGAAGAAAAUGGAGACAGUUGCAGAAGCUGGUGUCGAGCGAGCUGGCUUGUGUCGAGAGUCCUAUGGAGACCCAGGACUGGGAGCCUUCCGACAAGUGUAACCUGUGUCUGCAGCCUGGACACCCGGACACGCUGACGCACGCGCCUCGACCGGCGUCUGCAGGUAGCGUGAGCAGUAGUGUGACAGAAGACAGCAGUCCUGCCCCCGGCCCCGCCAUGACCACGCUGGAGAGUGUAGCCAACUCCAUGGCCGCCAGCCUGGCCGCCGUAGCCGCCCUCAGUCAGGGGAAGCCACCCGCCGCCCUCUACCCGCCCUUCCCCUGGUACCUGGGACCCGAGCCGCCCAAACCUGGCGCCUCCGAACAGCCUCUGGACCUCAGCAAGAGCUCCGUCUCCAAGUCACCACCCCCCGCCGCCCCCGCAGAGCCGCCCCCGGACACGCCGCCCAGCCUGCAGCGGCUCGUACCCUCCCCUAGCCUCAAGGUGCCGGCCGCUAUCAACAGGCUGUAUAAUUUGAUUGAUUUCAGAGCGAAGCCGCGACUGAGCGCGGUGGCGGGGCGACGCACAUACACGGAGGAUGAGCUACAAGCGGCGCUGCGGGACAUACAGAGUGGCAAACUGGGCACUCGGCGAGCGGCGGUCAUCUACGGCAUCCCGCGGUCCACUCUCAGGAACAAGGUGUACAAGCUGGCCAUGGAGCGAGAGCGGGACUCGCACCUUGUCAGCCCAGAACAGGUGGCAGCAAAAGCAAGGGCUCUGCUAGGAGACAAAGAUGACGAUGAUCAAGAAGAUGACGAUGACAAAGACUCUGGUGCAGAAGAAGAGCGCGAGGUUGAGAAGGCUCUCAUGAGGCCAAUCAUCUCAAUAGAGGACUUUAUAAGACUUUCGAGUGAAAGUGGAGGGUUUCCUGGGACGGAUUCGUUAAGAACACUUUUACAACAUGGGAAUAAGACCUUUUCAGACAAAAAAGAAGAUGGAUCGUCUUCACCCCCGGUGUACCCCAUGUAUCCUCCUCCACUGUCUUCAGAAUUGUUGAAUGGACUGGACCAUUCGGCAUUGGGACCGUACAUCAAUCGUUUACUAGGCGCGAACCCUUUGGGAACCGUGAACCCUUUUACGAUGGGUAGUAGGAAUUCUCCUCCUCAGAGAAGCCCAACAGAAUCACAAAAUGACUUAAAAAUGUCUCAUCUGGAGUUAGUAAGAAGAAUGAUGCUUGAAGAGAGACUUAUACAGGAAGAACAGCAGAAAAAAGACAGAAGUUUUAUAAACGGAUCACGUCUUGGGGAGCCUGGCCCGUCUUCCAGCAUUGCCCAGGAUGAUGAAACAUCCGGUUCGGGAACACCACCAAAUGUGAUAUUAAGAAUUCCGUCCUUUAAACCAGUCCCUAAAAACAGCCCGGGAGAUCAUUCGAUGUUUCCUUUAGGAGUGAAAAUAGGGGAAUCUAGUCAGCAUUCAGUAAUUUCUCCUCCUAUAAGUGCUGGCAGAAGUGAAUCUUCGUCCCCUACUUCGAUUGGAAAAGGCAUUAGUGUUAGUUUGAAAGAUGUCAUAGCUAAGAGCAUUAGUCAAAAGUUCCAACAGCCUACAGACUUACAUCAUCUUCCUCAUACACCUCAUGGGUUAGAUCAUUACAGGAGAGCAGACUUUUCUCAAGCCCUUGGAUGUAGUUCUCCUAUCAUGAGGAAUCACAAUAACAAUCAUGUUGAUGAUAGAAAACUGCACCAUGCGCCAACUUCAAAGCCACCCACAAGUGGAACCAACUCGGGCACAACAUCCGGAGGGAAAGGAACUAGGCCUAAAAGAGGAAAAUAUAGAAAUUAUGAUAGGGACAGUUUAGUUGAAGCAGUGCGAGCUGUUCAAAGAGGGGAAAUGAGUGUUCAUAGGGCGGGGUCAUAUUAUGGUGUUCCCCAUUCAACAUUGGAGUACAAAGUAAAGGAGAGGCAUUUAAUGAGGCCAAGAAAAAGAGAGCCUAAAUCAGUUCAAGAGGAAAUUAAGCUUAAAGAAGAUCCUAUUGCUGCUAGAAUAUCUCCAGCCAUCAACGCCUCUGAUAAGUGUAAAUUGUUACCUACAUCAAAACCGCUUAAAACGCCAUUCACCCCUCAAACCCCUUUACCCACAACCCCUAAUGGUUUGAAGAUGCCUCCUAUAUUUGAUCCUUCUCUACCAUAUAGUGCAACACCUCCCUUUCCUUUCUGGGCUCCAAAUCCUUUCCCCCAUAUCCCAAUGGAAUAUCCUAGAAAUCCAAGCUUUCAACCUACUCCCGAUCACUUCUUUGCAUCUCAAAUGAUCCAAAGACUUCAGGAAGACUCAGCUAGAACGCCACUAAGUCCUCCCCCCACACUAGGAAAAACAGCAAGAGAGUUAGCUGAAACUCUCUAUGACGGUACAGGUGCAAAUGGAAGCUUUUUAGAUGGAAUAAUCCGAUCUAGCUUAGAAUCAGGAUUGUCUGCAAAAGUGAAAGAAGGAGAGAUGAAGCGUCCUGAAGACAUGUCCAACAAGGCCUUGUUGGACCAACUAUGUCGAAACAGUCGAAUGGCUCCACUACCCAAGGCAGAGCCAAGCAGUUCUGAUGAGGAGACAACCAAGAGAGCAAACAAUCAAAAACGACCUAGUGAAGAUUCUUCCCCCGUUCCCCAAGACUCUGUAAAAGUUGAAGCGAAGGAUCAAGAGCCUGAAGACUUAGACCCUACACUGCGAGCAGAAGUGAAAAAGGAAUCCGAUAUAAAUACAGAAGAUUCUAACAUAAAAACUGAUAAUGCCGAUGAAAGUGCCUGUGAUAGUAACCAUACGAUAAAAAGAGUAAAACUCGAAGGAGAGACAUAGAUCUUGUUUUGAGACUGAUAAAAUGUCAUUAAUGAAUUUAAGGUAAUACACCUUGAUGUACUGAUUAUGUGUUGUCUCUAAAUUUAGUUUAAUGGGCUGUCUGUUAUUAUUCGAUAGUUUGUUUAGAACAUUUUCAUAUGAAAACGUUACGGUUUCGAUUAGUUUUGUAUUUAUACUGAAUUUUAUUACCAUAAUUCUGUUAUAUUUACGUCUUCUGACAAUCGCCUUGUUGCUAAAUCUAAAUUGAGUGCACUGUAGAAAUUUAUUUCUUUAUCGACUAACUUCAAACAUGAAAUAGAGGUAAUACAAUGGAGAAAUUCAACUUAAAUGAGAAAUAAGCAUGUUUUUGAAACUUAAGUAAAUGUUGAAGAUUAUGCAUAAUAUUAUAAAUUUAUUAUAUUACCAAAUUUAUCUUAUUCUAGUCGUAAAUAUCAAAUGAAACUAAACUUCUACUUUAAUGUGUUUAAAAAUAUUAUCCGUGAUUCAUGCAAUGUGCUUAUAUUUCUAGCGUAAAGUUUAAAAUAUGCUUCUUUCUAAAGCUUUUUUGGAAAUGCAUUUUUGUGUGUAUCCAGGUUUGGAAGUGUGAUAUGUGUUUAAAAGUUAACAAUUACAGAUAUAUUACGGUUUAUCACAUAUUUGCAUAUAUCUUUUCUAUUAAAAUCUGAGACUAUUUAUGUAGUAUAAUAUCCAUCUGGAGCUCCCCAAGAAGUUCAAAGCAGAUAUUACAGUAUGACGCAAGUACAUGUUCUAAAAUAUAAUUUUGUAAAUUUGAUGUAAAAGAUUUCUUCACCUUUCUUCUGGCUGUCCGUAAAUGUCAUUAUCGUCAUUAACUACAUAUACAGUAACUACAUAAUAUCUGACACUAAUCCAUGUGGUCUUGUCAAUGUUGUAUUUAUAUACUAUUUAUCAUAAGAAAGAAUGUGUUCAGUGUACAAUUUAAGGAGGGGUCUUUUUGUAUUAAUGUGAAAUAUUUUAGUGUGAUUGGUGGUGCACGUUUACUCAAAACGUGAUUUUUUAAAUUUGUAAAUGCUGCUUUGAUGUUUUAUUAAAAGUUCAGAAAAAAUAUUCCAAAAUCUUGGGCAUCUCCAAAUGAUUUUGACUAUCUGUGAUGAUUCCAAAUUUGAUGUAUAUUUUCUCUAUCCAUAUCUUUAAAUUUAGAAUAGGUAAUGAAUUUUAUGGUACUGGUAAAUUAUACCAAUUUGUGAAUCUUUUAAAUUUUUUACCCAAUCAUGAAACUGAAGUGCAAUUAGGAUGAUAAUGUGUAUUUUGCUCUGUAUGAAUGUAUGUACAUAUUUAAAAGAACCUAUAAGCUGAGUCUAUCCACAUUUUCAAUCUUGUUAAAAUGCAUUUAAUUUGUAUACCUUAUUUUACUUCUAAGAUUUAAUGGCAUUCCCUUAUUUACUUAAUGUAUUGGUUAUAUUAGAAAAUACGUUCAGUCAAUUGUAAUCUUCAUAUCGAAUGUAGUUAGGUUUUUUUAUACAAGACCAAAUACUUUAUUUUCAUUUUACAAAAUCGUAAUACUAUAAGAAGACAAGUAUUAUUUUUAUAUGCAAGGAAUAGCCUUUAGAUAAUAAUAGUUCACUUUAAGCCCAUACAGUAACCCUUGUGUGUCCUUAUUAAUAAAAAAAAGUAUUAGUACUUAUCAUGGUAUAACAGAUUUGAAAAAUAUUGUUUUAAAAGUAGAACCAUAGACUAACCGUUUGAUCUAUGGUAGAAUUUCUUUUAGGAAUAAGAACAAUGAUCAAUGAUUUGUAGCAUACGUCGUAUAGGCUUUAAAUUACAUCAAAAUACAAACAUAUCAACUGAGUUAGUCGUAUAUCUAAGGAUGAAUACAUUUAUCAUCUUGUCACUUUAGCUCAUGUUACUUUUAAUGUUUCCCCGUACUUUCUUUUUACCAUCACUGUAAUUAAACAGCUUAUAUUUUUGGGACCAAAAUGAUAGUGCAUUCUUUGUAUUAUGGCAUGUUCAACCACAUAAUUUGAUGUUCGAAGUGACCUUUUGCUAGUUUAGUUUUUAUAACAUUUGGCCAUUAACUCUCAUCCUAUAUUCUUCCUUUAAAUGUAACAAGACAUUUACUUUACUUCAGAUUACAUACAAUGUUUGACCAUUAAGUAAUUCCAUAGGGGUUCAAUUAUCUUUUUAAUGAAUACAACUGUUGGGAUGGUGAAAUACGACAUUGCCUUAACAUUUACUAACAAAAUGUGUGUGUUUUAUUUCGUAAGAAUGAUUUGGAAAUGUGGAUAGAACGUUAGACAGUACAUAACCUAGGAUAGCCAAGUGACAGACCCUACAUAUCCAGUGGACAGUGACAGUGACAGCAUAGUCGGUACAACACAUUCCUAGAUACAGCCUACAGCCUGCAAGCCUCCGCUCUGCUUACAUUCCGCAUUCGGCCGGACAUUUUACCCAGUAUUUCUUUCCUAUAUAGGCGAUAAGUUGUUUUUAUCAGACAAAGUGCGUAUACGCGCUUUACAGACUCAGAUGUACAUUUAUGAUUCCGAUAUGCAUUUCAAUGGCUCCUCGACCACGUGUAUGUGUGUGUGCCCGUGUGCGCGUAUUUUUACAGACAGAUAGUUAAGUUUUUGCCGUAUACUUUAACUGUGCAAUGCUUGUACGUAUUUCAGUUUGGUUAUUUUCAUUAUUAUCGUGUGAAGUUUUUAUGAAUGUGAUAUAUUUGUUGUUGUUGUUGAUUAUCGCAGUACCCCGGUGUUCUUGUAAAAUAGAAAUCUUUAUAAGCGAUGUGUUGUGUUGUUAAUUUGUUUUAAACUAGUUAAUCUAUAUCAGUAUGUAAUUGAAGGAAACUGAGCUGUCUGUUAGUUAAGAUUGACUAGUAAUUUGUUUUUAUACCGUGUUUUAUUUUUAAGAUCUCUGAUGUUUUUUAUAUUUUAACAUGCCUUCUUUUGUCUGGUUAGUCAAAACAGUUAAGAUUGUGCCAUUUUUCCAAGGUAACAGGAAACUGUUGUACAGUUCUCAGCUAAAGUUUGGAUAAUAUUUCUAACUUACCAUACACUGACGUAUCAACAGUUUAGAAUAACAUUAUUUUAUUAAAUUUAAACUGACAUUCGAUUUAAUACCUAUUAAGCAUUCGUAAUAUUGUCUGUUAUGUCCCAAUGAGAUUUGUUAUGAAUAAAUUCUUAAAUUAUAAUAGAAUGAGAAUGAUUGUUAUGAUUAUUAAAUUCCUUUAGCUGAUGACAGUUAUUAUCACAGUUAUUUGUAUGACAUUUAGUUUUUAUUUUAUAAAAUAAAAACAUUUCUUGUGUUAUUUGAUUAAAUGUAAACAAAUAUAAUGUGAGGUUCCAUAUUUUUCAUUUAAAUUGUUUUUAAAAUAUAUCUUAACAAUUAUUUAUAAUUUAAAACAAUCAAAAUCAUGUUUUUCGUUUGUGAUGAUGAAAUUAUAAUUAUUUUAAAGAAGGGUGGAUGUAAAAUACUACGUACUUAACAAAGAAGGUAUUGUUAUCCAUAUGGAACUGUGUUUGGCUGUAAGAUAAAACUUGUUUGAAUCAGUAAAAACCGAAUAACUAUACACAAGUAAAGUAACUUUAAAGAACCAGUACACAAUAUUUUAAAUAUAGAAUACAAACUUUGUUAAAACUACGUGGUACUCAUUACAUGUGAAUCGAAAUGUAUAUAACAAAACAAAUUAAGAUGUAUAUUUGUUUAUAUUUUUAAUUUAUAAUGCUGGCAUGCCUGUAUACCAUGUAAAAUACACUCUACUUAAUGAUCAAAACCUGUGUUCAACUGCUCUUUGUUGAUGUGAGCAGUUUAUAUACCUAGCCCAGUUAGAUUGUUAGCCUAGGAAUACGAGACUGCAACCGCUAAAGCUACAUUCGGUUUCAAUUUUCACUUUUGUUAUUAUAUUACUACGUUAAUAGUUGGUUUUAGGCAUUUUAGACAAACAGAAUAUUUUAAUUGAUUUUUGACACUUGUUUAAUAUUGUUGAUUAAUUAUUCUGUGUUCUUUUUUGAGGUGGGACUAUCAGCGAUAUCAUGCUAUGAUAACUCUUUGACCAUACGAAUCUCUUUUUAAACUCAAUAAAUGUUCUUAUUCAUAAUCUUGCAUUUAGACUAUAAGAUUUUUUAAAUAAAGUAGUUUUGAAUAAUAAUUUUCAAACUAAGGAACUACUAGAGCCUUUGUAGUUAUGCAUGGAAAUUAACUUAUGCCAAAACAAAUGCUUAUAAAUCGAAAAAAAAUAUGUAGCUUACUACUAUCAUUGAGUAUACUUGUACGAGUAUACUCAAUGCUACUAUACAUUUCAAAAUCCUUGUUUUGAAAAUUUUCCAUCAACAUCAAACGGUAUUGAUAUUUUCAUGACUACUUCUAAUAAGUAAAAAAAAAAAAAUAAAUAAAUACAAUUUAUACUAAAAAUGAAGCCGAAGUCCCUCCUCAGGUCCUAAACUGACUGAACUUUUGACCCAUUUCCAAGUGCAUUCGGUAUGAAAGUGUCUGGACGAUUUGAAGUAUGUAUGCGAUUCGCUCACUUAUGUUUAAAUCACACUUGCAAAGAUUAAUUUAGGCAACUUUCAUGAUUAUAGAGUGGGGACCAAGCUUAGAAGCUGAAGGUUUUCCAGUUCACACUUAAACUUAACACUAAAACUAUAGAAAAGUUAAUAAAUUGUUUAGUUUAUCCAAUAGCUGCAACAUGCAAUAGUUAGUAGUUUACCGUCUCCUCAAUGGCUAUCAAAGUGUGUAUAUGUGUUCUCCUAAUUUGUCAUGAAAUUUUAGCAAAUUGAUUUAUGUAUUUCCAUCUCUAAUUUACCUUUUUUAGUAAUCUACGAAUACUAAUUUUUUAUUAAAUAUAUUAUUUUUUAUGAUUGGGAAAGACUACAAGUCACUCAAUUGUUUUGGAUGGGCGUAGAAUUAAUUUAUUCACACGUCUGUAUUUGAGUUUUUAGUAUCAAUGUCAACAUGAGUUGUAUUAAAUCAAAAUGUGUAGAAUCUAUCUUUUCUAUCUUUACACUGAAAAUAAUUCAGUUAGUUCGGGACUGAAUUUAAGGCGAAGAAGAAUUCAUUUGCACAUUGCAUCUCGAUGGCUGCUGGGAGUAUUUUGUUUAUCACAAUAUUCUCACUUACUUGACUGAGUUACAUAUCCUUGCAAGUGUGAUAGUUACUGACAAAAUGUUUGCUUCAUAAAAACUGAAGUAUUUUUUUAUUAUUGUACUUUACAUACUUAUUAAACAGUUAUAAACA